GCAGCUGCAGUCGUAUAUGAUGCUAUCGCUGGUGUACUACGAACACAGUUACGUCAGUUCCGACCUUAUUGUCGGCAAGGACGAGGCCCUCAAGUUCUUCCUCGAAGACUACAAGCAGCAGGAGAAGGAAGUCGUGGUCGAGCCGGAAAAGAAGAAGGAAAAGGGAAGCAAAACUGUCAACAUCAUGUUUGGCUCGGAUGUGCCCAAGCUCAUGAACCUGGUAACCAAAGAGCUUGAAAAGAUGCUGCAGCCGAUCGAGGUUGAGCAGCAGCGCUUCAAGAUGGAGGCCAUCGACAGUGCAGAGCGCGCGGGGCGUGAGAUCAGGCACAAGAAGCAGGUUGACUACCUAACCAUAGUAACGGACAUGGGUGUGACGGUGUUUGGGCCGCAGGUUAAUCGCAACAUGUUCAAGAAGCUCACCGUGCCGGCCGAGGCCCUUAAGAUGCAGUGCAAGGACCACAAGGUUGUAAGAAGUCCAGCGAUCAGUUCGAGGUGGUGAACUUCGCCUGCAAGAACCAAUUGUCGGCGGAACCAAUGGUCGAGCCGGAAAAGAAGAAAGAGUCACAGGGCAAGAGGCUGGAGAUAUGCGCGAAUUGACGGAACCCGAGGCAGCCAAAGCACCAGUAGCA